CCAAUGCCCGCCUACAUCCCCUGGGCUAUAAAAGUACUAAGUCAUAUUUUUCCUGUUUUUCCCCCUGCAUCUCUUCUUGACCCAGCGCAAAAGCACGACCACUGCAACGCCAUGUCUUACGUCCCGGCGCCCGGCUAUAUGCCAGCAUUCAACCCGGUGCUGCCUUAUAAUCAGCCGAUCCCCGGUGGUCUCCGUCCCGGGAUGUCCAUCUAUGUCCAGGGGAAGGUGCCACACCACACCAAGAGAUUCCGUGUGAAUUUCGCCUGCGCUCCGCACGAAGGGGCCGACAUCGCCCUGCAUUUCAAUCCCCGCUUCGACGGCAAGGAUAAGGUGGUCUUGAACACCUUCCAUGGCGGGAAAUGGGGGAAAGAGGAGCACCAGAGCAUGCCUCUCCACAAGGACCAGCACUUCGAAAUCGUCUUCAUCGUCAAUAACUCGGGAUACCAGAUCCUGGUGAACCGAAACCCCUUUUGCAACUAUAACCAUAGGAUCCCUCCAGAGCGGGUGCAAGUUGUGAGUGCGGACGGAGACCUGGACCUGCAAUCCGUGACCGUCUUGGGAGGAGGCAUGAUGGGAGGGAUGCCAGGCCAGCAGCCCAUGGCGAUCCCGGGCAUGGGACCAGGCUACCCGCCUUCAAACCUUCCUAUGAUGUCUAAUCCAGCUGCUUACCACCCACAAGUGCCGUAUGUGGGCAACCUCCCUGGAGGACUGGGAGCCAAGAAAACCAUUGUGGUGAGAGGAUUCAUCCCGCAAGACGCUAAGAGAUUCUGCAUCAAUUUCAAAGCCGGCCAGGAGAUCGCUUUGCACAUCAACCCCCGCCUGGACGAGCGUGUUGUGGUGCGGAACAGCUUCCUGGGAGGGCGCUGGGGUCCUGAGGAGCGGGAGCUGUCAGUCAACCCUUUCCAGCGCGGGCAGUACUUUGACCUCUCCAUCCGAUGCGGCAACCAACAGUUCAAAAUCUUCAUCGAUGGCCAGCCCCUGUUCAACUAUAAGCAUCGUUUCCAUAACUUCCAGCAUAUUAACACCCUCGAGAUCGACGGCGAUGUGAUGCUCUCUUAUGUCCAGUCCUAAAAAACAGAGAAUGGGACGGAGAAGAGAAAGGUUUUCGCCUUUGCCUGGAGACCGAAAUGUCAUUUUAAACGGCAGCUUCAAUAAAUCCUUUUAUUCCAA